AUUUUUAAAUAUUUCAAAAACUUGGCAAGGUGAGCUGCGUGGGGCUCAAAAGACGCGCUUCUGUAUUUCCUGGUUCAUUCACCCGAUUAGUGGACUCGGCAUUGUCCAUUAUAAAGUCCAUGCUGACUGUUCUGAAUUCGAUUUUGUACUUUAAAGGCUAAGAUGAUGCAGUGGAAUUUUAUCGUCAGAGCCACAGGUUUUUGGAUAAUUCCAUUUUUAGUCAGUACAGUCCAAUCACGCCCUCCAAGUGAACAUCACAUAGAAAAGCGCCAUCUAUUACAAAUGUGCGAACUUAUCUCCAAGUAUACCAACAGAUCCUGUCUAGAGUAUAAUAAUUACGGCUGUUUCUGUGGACUAGGAAAUACAGCUACUCACACGGGUGUAGAUGAUGUGGAUAACUGUUGUAGACUUCACGACCAAUGUUAUGGGCAAGUUCACUGUUUCUGGUUUUUCCCUCAGUUGGUUGGCUAUUCCAUCAAUUGCACGUCUCAUGCCGAUUGCUACUGUUCUGAUUCCCCUCAGUACGCCAGCUGUGCCUACUCAACAUGUAUGUGUGACUUGACUCUAGCACAGUGUCUAGCCCAACAUCAGUAUCACAGCGCAUUCAAAAAUUUCGAUAGACGACACUGUCAUCUAUUAGGCCUAUAGUGCAGGCUAUAAGACUAGUGCAUUAAUAAAAUAAAAUGAUUUGCCUUAAUAAAACCUAAUCACAGAUCUA